GGUAAAAUGAGCUCUUCAUCUACUUCUCGCCCCACAUGGAUGCGGACGAUGAAUAAGUAUGUGCGCGAUUCCAAUUUCUUCACGCCACCAGAGAUCCAAUACCACAAACUGCGGGCUCAGCGGAAAGCCGAACUGCUGAGUUUGAAACGAAAGGAACUGCUGUGUCUCUUGGACAGCGCGGCAGAGGAGGACGACGACGAAGACCAGGACCGUGCAUUCGCUCGUGCCAGCGGGGGUUCAGCUUCAGGCUCACCCUCCUCCACAGGCAGUUCAAAUAAAGGGUUGUCGACAACUGCCCUAGGUGUGGAAGAAGACGGCGACAGUUCUGCCCUCGAAAUCAAGAGGCCUGACAAGCUUCCUUGCCCGGAUCUCACACUACUGGAACACGAUCUGGUGGUGCGGGUGUGGAUGCCUGUCCUGGAGGACGAGACUACCCGGGGGGCGCGCAUGCGGGAAACGAAAGAAAGCCCGGUCUGGGGCGGCAUCAUCAAGACCGAAGAAGAAGAGGCCGCGACAAAGGACCUCCGAGACGGGCCUUUUUGCCUGUUCGAAGACACGGAAAGUGGCAUCAAGGAUGCACCUUUGUUGUGGCGCGAGAUCCAGGUGUCCGCCUGGAUCUCGCUGGAUGAUUUUUCCGAGCACGUACUGAAGCCGGUCAUUGGCUACAGCCGGCAAACCAUGAGCGGUUGCUUCUUCGAUCAGACAGACGGAGCGAUGUUUGGACCAACAAACACAAUGGCGCCAGAUCACUGCGAGGUAAGAGAGUACUUCGCAUUUAAGAACUUUUUCCGUCUAAUAAUUCAGGUUCGUUUCUUGUCGUGCACAACGAACGGACGUAAGCGCGAUGGCCACAGACUUUUGAAAUUCCAGCUGUAUCCAAAAAUUAUCAAUUAACAGCUGCGCUCCCGCCCUGUUCGCGCGCGCGACCAUGGUGGGGAGUGUCGGGAGCAAGACAUGCAUCUUUUUGAGCCGGUUUUGGACUACGCCAGCUACGAGCUGGGGCUGUUUUUGAACCGCAAGCAGGACCGGCUGAUCUAUCUCUACGAUUGGAACAAGUGUUUCGUCCACUGCAUCCAGCUGGUGGACAUCGUGAGGCCAGCCGUCCGUCUUGCGAAGCUCAGUCCCACGAUCAACUACUACGAUUGUACUAGGCUCAAGUACGAGCUCGAGCCCAGGGAAAAGGUCGUGAAACCGAAGAUUGUGCAUGUGGAAAGCAUGAAAGAGGCACGGCGCCAUCGGCGAAAAGAGAUCUUGGACUUGCUCCUCCAGCAGGAGUUUGCACUGAAUUUUGAUGCCCAAUGUCUGCGCGGAAAGUAUCGCGCACCCGGGGAGUCUGUGAAGCCGCGCUGCAUGAUGUACCGGGAGGUCGCCCCGCGCCCCGACUCAGCAGAAGCGAAAAAACAGACAGAGGGUGGCGGUACGACGAGAAAGAGUAGAGGGAGCACGAUGUACCGGUGGAGCCGCGCGCAGCGGGAGUGGCAGAAGGAAGGGUCCGGAGGGAAUUCUUUUUCCUCGCCUUUGUCCUUGUGCGAGGAGGACACGGAUGGGUAUUCCGCUUACGAGAAGUUUGUCACCCUGGAUGGCAACCAGAAAUAUGCGAAUCUUGUGCGGCACAUGCUACCGCCUGAAGAUGGUUGGGUGCGGAUGCCGGACGCCGAUUUCAAAGAUAGCGCUUACCUUCCAAAGAUUUCCGAGCGGACUUACCUGAAGCCGGACGUCCUUGGCUGGUUCCGUUACAAAUGGUUCACGCAAAACCCGAAGAAUAAGAGCAAAACGAGAACGGAUCUUUCCGCUGCUGCAACUUCUACCGAGACGGCAGGUGGGCGUGGGAAAGGUGUUGAGCUAGACAAGGGCGCAGCUGUUGCAAGUAGAGACGAUGAUCAUGCGAGCGCCACUCACCCUGCCACAGCUGGUGUUGCUUCGAACGCAGCUACGGUUGUUUCCGGAGGAGGAAAAAAGAAGGGCAGAAAAAAGUCGAAGGAAGCCAACAAUACGAGCAAUUCAACCACAGCUCCACCUUCUGCCGAAAACAAAGCACAGGCGACGCGCACGGUAGAGAAAAAGGACGGCAGUGCAUCAACCUCUGUGGAUAAGAUGACUUCGAUACUAUCAAGCGCCUCCCCCACGUCAGGCCUCUUUCAUUACGCGCCGACUGCGGCGCAACUGGAGCUGGAGGAAAAUUUCAAGAGGUUUUUCCGGGAACAAAAGCAUUCCCAGAACUUUCGCGACGCCCACCGGUUCUUGAACAAAAAAGUGUACCGCAAGUGGUGCCUUCGCUUGAAGUGGGAAAAGUCGGAGUACCGCCAGUGGCCCGGGCUGGGGGGCGCGGUUUGUCCGUUUUUCAAUCCCUAUGAUUUCGAACCCUCCGUCGCGAACCAGCAUCUGCAGGCGGUGCUUGGGCAUGUACGCGAGUGCCGUAAAAUUCCCGCCGCGCAGCAGCAAGAACUGUUGCUGCAGCGCGACAAAUGGAGCAAGUCGAAAUAUUCUAUCGACAGCGAUUUUGCUUUUUCCCGCGUUUUUUGGAACAAGCAACCCCGGAAGCACGACGUGCGCCUACACGUGGACGCGCCGCGUCCGGAGGCGGACCUGCAGCUAAAGUUCUACGGCUACGCGUCCGACUGGGUCCGUGUCGGCAACAUCUUCGCCCAGGACUUUCCCGGCAUGGCGGACAUCGAAAAAGCGCUCAAGAAGGCACGAAAAAACGGGAUCGCGGACCUGAAAAUCCGGCACUGGUGCGCCGGCUGUGCGUUCGGGGUGCAGCCGAAAGUCGACUUGUCGGAAGACAGAUUCAUCGACACAGAUUGCGAAGACCAGCUCGAUAACGAAUCGCUCCAGGACAUCUCGUCAGAAGAUUCGGACUUUGCCGAGAUCGACCCGGACUCCGAUACGGAUUAUGUAGAUGUGAAAAAAGCUGAGGACGGAGAGGACAACAACAUUGAGGCCAGAACUAGCAAUGGUAAAAAUACAAAUGGAACUACUACAAGCACCACAAACGACGCUGCUAGCAAGAAGAAGAAGACCGCGGCUCAGGACGCCGAGCUGAUGAAGACCCUGUCCCCAGACUCGAAGCGGGAGUACGUAAAGAAGCGGGUUAGAGAAAAGAAAAGCGAGAGGAGGCACAUGGAGCGACAGAAGUGCCCGCGCGGGUUUGACACGAGAUGUUUCGAGGGUGUAGGGACAACGGCCGCGACACAGAAGAAGUUUUCUUCGGGAUUGUGCACAACGACCUGCAAAAGCAGCGCGUUCCUAUACCACAACGCAGGGGUUUUUAACGGGAAAGGUGAAUCGCAGGGAACUGGAACGAAGACGGGACUAAUAUCCGAGAGUACCAAUAAAAACGCAAACAAUAAAAAUGGUUCUAACUCCGCCACAGGCACCUCGACAGGCAAAUGCAAAAAGAAGAGCCACGGUACUGGGGGAGCCAAAACGGAUGAAAGCAGAAGAUCAACCAUAACGAAAACAGAUAACGCAAUGGUCGUGUCGUCUACUUCUUCCUCGGCAAACAAGAUUGCUGGAAAAAAAUCCUCGCAGCCUGAACGAUCAUUCGAAGACGACAGCACAUCCCUGAAUCCGUUCUAGUAUGCAAUUUUCAGGUUGGUAAGUUUCAAAUCUGAAAGUAUGCAAGUGCGAUAUGCAGGUAGCACGAUGCGCAUUGCAAAAGGUGCAAAUGCAGACUGCAAAAACUUCCCCAGAUGGGUGUUUCGAAGGGCGGUAUGCUGUCUUGCCAGUGUCGCUUUUUUUUUUCUUAUUACUUACGUUUUUCACAAGCAAAGCUGAGGCUGGUGGAGAAACAUUUUCUAGAAGUAAUGGUCAGCAUGACGCAUACUUACGGUGUCAACAUACAUGUUUUUUUUUCGAAGACAUCACCAGUUGAAACUGGUUUCCGUGGCGAUACAGACACUUCAUGGUACUUCAAAGCCAUUUCCAAUAGCCGCACUGAUUCUCUGAUUUUGUUUCUGAAACUUACGAACCCACUGGUGGCAUAAAUAUCGCGUGGCGGGUAAAGCAAGCGACAUGAUGAACACCAUCGCUGCCGGAGCUGCGGUGAUGCAGCAGCAACAAUAUCAAAAUCCGGCCCAGACUAUUCAUUCAGACACUGUUGCUGUCCCCUCGGCUUCGACGCAGCCCUUUGCUGCACAAGAACCAGCCACACAAGGAAAAGUAAAAGAGGAGAUGAGAAUCCAAUAUCUGCAGAACAAAUUGACUCCAUCAACCACAAUCACUCAAGAGGAAGAGAAGAUCAAGUUCAAGAGGGAAGCACUCAAACUUGCACAGAAGGCAGAUUCAGAUUACGCGAGUGACACUGACGGUGCUGCAUCCAAGGAAGAGCAAGAGGACGCGGAAGAAGCGGGAGACGAUUCAGAAGAAAGUGAGAAUAGUGACGAAGUAGACGAAGUGUCGGACGUCUCAUCCCUGUCGUCCAUAUCAUCCGAAGACGACGCCGAAGCGGAUUCGGAUAAGUCGGAUUCCCCGAGCAGUACUAGGAAAACCAAACCGCCACUGAAGACGACUACCGUCAAAGUCCGGGUGCAGAAAAUCGAGACGCCCGCGGAGUUUCAUGCCCGCCAAACCAAGGGAAGGCGCUUGUCGGAUCCUUUCUCCACUUCUUCCGCCGCAUUGAAAGACGAACCUGAUGUUCGCAUGGAAUGUGAACGAGGAAAAAGUUCAUUCACUUCGCAGCCUCUGUUCUAUCCGCCCAUGCGGUUCCACCGUCGGUCGCAGCGACCCAUACCACGAUUCCACACGCUUGCCACCUUCGAGAAAAACGACCUGCGAAAACGGGCGAAGCCGGGAAAAUAUUUGUACAAAAUCAGCUGGCUGCGCUUGCUCAUGCUACACGCAGAGGACGACUGGCUAGUUCUGGACUACUACUUCGCUUACGACAAUAGCAAGGUUUUACAGGACCAGGACGCAGGACGUCAGUGAAACAGACAAAGAGUAACUUGCUCGCAAACCCAAAAGAAGCUAGCAAGUGAUUAGGUUACGGUUACCGGCCGAGUUUAGAAGAUACUAGAUUUCGUCAAUUCAGUCAUAGAGCAGUUUGUUUGAGCUCUAUAGUUGUAGCAGUUGGUAGGAAUAGGAUGACGAGGAUUGGAGAUGCAGAUCAUAGAACGAUAGAUGUGAAGAUGUCAAAAAGCAGCACCCAUUAUGGGAUAGAGGUUUGGUGACAGAAAACAAUUCGGAUUUGACGGUCAAUGCUAGUGCACGUGGUAAACACGAAUUGCAGUUGCGUUUGAUGAUCAAAGGAAGGAU